CCUCCACCACCAACAGCACCAACACCACCUCCACCUCCACCACCAGCAUCAGCAGCAGCAGCAGCAGCAACGAUGAAGGUGGCAGUGAUCGGUGCAGGUUGCGCAGGGCUCAUAGCGGCUCGAAUCUUCUCUCAACGUCCGCAGGACUUUGAGCCGCACGUCUUUGAGAAGACAGACACCAUCGGUGGUCUGUGGGUCUACAAGGAAAAGACAGGCUUGGGCGAUGACGGGGAGCCUAUACACUGCGCCAUCUACAAAAACCUGCUCACGGACCUACCGAGGCAGCUGAUGGAAUUUCCCGAUUAUCCUUUUCCAGCCGACUAUGACACCUAUCUCCAUCACCCCAAGGUGCGUGACUACUUGGAAUCGUACGCCAACCACUUCGACCUCAAGAAGUACAUCCGCUUCAACACGCGCGUGACUAGCGUGCACCGCCUCGACUCCGGAACCCCCAACAGGCCCCGCUGGCUCGUCACGAGCACCGACAGGGUCUCCGGAAGCGAGGAGGAGCGGCGGGAAGAGUUUGACGCAGUCAUUGUCUGCAGCGGUCACUUCGUCGACCCGUACUACCCGGAGAUAUCCGGACUCGACCACUGCGAAUGCAAGAUCAUCCACAGCCGGGACUAUCGCGUUCCGGAAGAAUUCCGCGGCAAGCGCGUGCUCAUGGUCGGCGCGAUGACGUCCGGCCUCGACAUCACGCGCGAGCUUCACCUGCACGCCGCCUCGGUGACGGUCGCCGUCGGCGACGCCGACGUCCUCAAUGCCCGCGGCCAAUCGCGCGACGGCGUCUUCCCGGCGAACGUGAGCGUCGUCUCGUUCCCGGCGUCCGCCGAGGGAAAGACGUUCUCUUGCCGCGGCGGCGAGCGCGUCGAGGUCGACGCGGUGAUCCUGUGCACGGGGUAUCAGUACCGCUACCCGUUCCUCGAUGAGUCCUGCGAGGUUUCCAUCACCGAAGGCGGGAAGCGGGUCGGGCCGCUCUACCGGCACAUGGUUCACGCGCGCCACCACACGCUCAUCUUCAGCGUCCUCCCGACGACGCCCUCCGCGUUCACGCUACCUUACGUGCAGAUCGCCGCCGCCGCGAAAAUCCUCGACGGUUCCCUCGCGAUGCCGAGCGAGGAGGCGGCGAGGCGGGAGGCGGAGGAGGAGCAUCGGGCGCGGAUCGCGGCGGGGCAGAGGCCACGACACGCGCACAGCCAGCUGUUCCCGCCGCCGUACGACCCGAACACGUACGCGCGCGACCUCGCGGCGUGGGCCAAGGUCGCGCCGCUGUCCGAGGAGAAGUUUAAGGACGUCGUCGAGAGUCUCGAUUAUCUGAAUCGAAUCCGGAGAAAUUUCAUGGACUUUCGAGUCGAGCAGCCGGUAAAGAAGGAGUAAUCUGACCGUGUGACAAGACGCCGAAUAUUAAUCUUGUUCUUGGGAUUUCUGUACUCUCUGGACUUUUGAGUUGAUCGGCCAUUGAAUGACUAAUCUAAUCGUUCGAUAGGCUGUCGAAUGUCACUUUUGGUCUUGGUCGCUGCACGUGUAAACUUUCUUAACUUUCGAGUCAAGCAGCCGGUAAGGAAGGAGUAAUCCGAUUGUUCGAAAGGUCACCGGGUGUUAAUCUUGAUUGGUGCACGCAUAAACUUUAUUGACUUUCAAGUCGAUUAGCCGUUGAAGUAGGAUUAAUCCGACCAUUUGAAAGGUCGCCGAAUGUUAAUCUUGGUUGAUGAAAGUGCAAACUUUCUGGACUUUAGAGUCGAUCAGCCAUUGAAGUUAGACUAGUCCGACUUCGAUAGGUCACCACAUGUUAAUCUUGGUCUUGGUCACCGCACACGUAAACUUGCUGGACUUUCAAGUCAAUCAGCCAUUGACGAAAGACAAAUAUGAUCAUUCGAUAGGCCACUGAAUGUUCUAUAUAGGUCAGCGAAUGUUAAUCUUGGUCUUGGUUCCAGCGCACGCAAAUUCUAUAUGAGUAUAAGUGUCUUUAAAUAUUAUUCACGAAAUUAUAUUACAAGUGGUUCUAUUGUUAUUACUUGUCACAGUUUUUACUUAGUUCAUGAUAUAAUGAUGUAUAAUCGAGCCAUGCUUAGCACAUAAUAAUAACAGGAGUAAUAAAUAUAAUAGAUAUAUGACAAUGAUAAUAAUAAUAAUAAUAGUAAUAACAGUAAUAAUAAUAAUAAUAAUAGUAAUAAUACCCUGUGGAAUUGUGUUUUAGAUAUCAACAGAUGUUAAAACCUUGAGCAAUCUUCUGGAUUUCAUAAUGUGAAAUGCGUAAAUGUGACUUCUUUUUCAUGAAACAUGAGGAGCAAAUAAAGACAAAUGUAGUUACCAUGCAGGUUAA